UCUGUUCAGUCUGUCAAAGCGCGAUGACGUUCGGUUGAGAACGGUGGUUCGCUCGUACGGGUCGCGUAUCCUAGCGGAUUCUUGUGAGAUAAUAAUUAUUUCCGACUGCACCGGUGAAUAAUCACGAGCGAUUCACCAUGGCGGACGAGGAUAAUAAUUGUGAUGAUGGUGAUAUGAAAAUAUCGCAGGGAAUGCGGCUCCGUGGCCGGAAGGGUGCCCUGAAGAAGAAGAAUGUUUACCUGGUGAAAGAUCACAAGUUUAUGCCGAGGUUCUUCAAGCAGCCAACGUUUUGCUCACACUGCAAGGACUUUAUAUGGGGCUUCGGUAAACAAGGCUUCCAGUGUCAAGUAUGCAGCUUCGUGGUUCACAAGAGAUGCCACGAGUAUGUCACCUUUACCUGUCCCGGGGCGGACAAGGGUGCAGAUUCCGACGACACGCGUACAAAACACAACUUCAAAAUUUACACAUACUCGUCACCGGCGUUCUGCGAUCACUGCGGUUCUCUUCUCUACGGGCUAAUCCAUCAGGGCCUCAAGUGUCAAGCAUGUGACAUGAACGUGCACAAGCGAUGCGAGGAGUCUGUGCCGAAUCUUUGCGGCUGCGAUCACACCGAGCGCCGUGGACGUAUCCAGCUCUCCGUGUCUUGCCAAGGGUACAAACUUACCGUCGUAGUGAAGCAAGGUCGAAACUUGAUCCCUAUGGAUCCGAACGGCCUGUCUGAUCCCUACGUGAAGUUGAAGCUUAUUCCGGACUCGGAUAACGUUAAGAAAAAAACCAAGACCAUUCGUAGCACACUUAACCCUGAAUGGAAUGAGACCCUCGUUUUUGAUCUUAAACCAGAGGAUAAAGAUCGACGACUACUCAUUGAGAUAUGGGAUUGGGAUCGUACUUCCCGCAAUGAUUUUAUGGGAUCUCUCUCAUUCGGGAUCUCCGAAGUAAUGAAGGCACCAGCUGAAGGCUGGUUCAAGCUCCUCACUCAGGAGGAGGGUGACUUCUACAACGUACCUGUACCAGAAGAAGGAGCAGAUCUCGCUCAAUUGAAGACCCAGAUGAAGACCACUAACUUGGGCGCUCGUAGACCUCCUCCACCGCCGGAUAGGGAGGUCCCGCAUAAUAUGGCGGCUGCUGAUGUUAUCCGAGCGACCGAUUUCAACUUUAUAAUGGUGCUCGGGAAGGGGUCCUUUGGAAAGGUAAUGCUGGCGGAGCGUCGAGGAACAGAUGAGCUCUACGCCAUUAAGAUUCUGAAGAAGGAUAUUAUCAUCCAGGAUGAUGACGUCGAGUGUACGAUGGUGGAGAAGCGAGUGUUGGCGCUAAGCACUAAGCCACCUUUCCUCGUGCAAUUGCAUUCCUGUUUCCAAACUAUGGAUCGACUGUACUUCGUAAUGGAAUACGUAAAUGGUGGAGACUUGAUGUUCCAGAUCCAACAAUGUGGCAAGUUUAAAGAACCAGUCGCCGUUUUCUACGCCGCUGAAAUUGCUAUCGGCUUGUUCUUCCUCCACUCUCGUGGCAUCAUCUAUCGUGAUUUGAAAUUGGAUAACGUCCUUUUGGAUCAAGACGGCCAUAUCAAGAUCGCUGACUUUGGUAUGUGCAAGGAGGGAAUCACCGGCGACAAAACAACUAAGACCUUCUGCGGUACCCCAGACUAUAUCGCCCCAGAGAUCAUUCUGUACCAGCCGUACGGAAAAUCAGUAGAUUGGUGGGCGUAUGGAGUGCUUUUGUAUGAAAUGCUUGUUGGUCAGCCUCCGUUUGAUGGAGAAGAUGAAGAGGAACUUUUCGCGGCGAUCACGGAUAAUAGUGUUUCAUACCCAAAAACACUAAGCAAGGAAGCAAAAGAUGCUUGCAAAUCCUUCCUUACGAAGAAUCCUCAAAAGCGUCUCGGUUGCGGCAUGCGAGGGGAAGAGGACGUCCGCACUCACGCGUUCUUCCGUCGCAUCGACUGGGCCAGAGUGGAGGCCAGGGAUGUUCAACCACCGUUCAAGCCUAAAAUCAAACAUCGCAAGGAUGUGUCUAACUUCGAUAAGCAGUUCACUCAGGAGAAGACGGAACUGACUCCGACAGACAAGCUGUUUAUGAUGAAUCUUGAUCAGACCGAGUUCAUGGGCUUUUCCUUCCUUAACCCGGAGUAUAUACAACAUGUGUGAACUUGCAGGGUCGUCUUUUUGCAUCAUUGAAACUAACUCAAGCGCUGUCCUGACGGUGGCCUCUGAACUUCAUCUAUCGACUCUCUCUGUCACUCUUAAGGCAUACGUCGUUUGCUGUCUCGUUCAUCGUAUAAUCACCUCGUUUCAGAUUCGAACUCUGACUUAUUUAGUCUUUAAGAGUGAAGAAGUAUUAAGAGAAUAAUUUGCUCAUUUCCUCGUAGUUUUUAAUUAAUUCACCUGAGUAUUACUCAAUCAUUGUUUCAUCCAUCCAAUGCGACAUGACUUUAUAGUUGUGUAGUAAUUGUUUUGAAACGCAAUAAAUAUCAAUGUUUAUCUCAACGAAUUAUCCAAAGCAAUAUUAUGUGGAUGUAAAUCGUCGUUAUAAUUAAUUGUACCUAAUGUUAUUUAGAAGAAUUGCUCUCUAUUAUUUAUAGUCUGUAUAAGUGGUUACUCAUUACUUAUUUAUAUUUGAUCUGUGUCAUAAACCAUAGAUAAAAAAAUAUUCAACAAGCUUCCAUUAUUGAAAAUAUCUUCCACUAAUGUAACAAUGUUUUGACAGUUAUUUAUACUAUUUACUUGAUUUUUUAUUAAUCGAGAAAUAAAAUAGUUUUUUUAGACAGACUUUUUAAAUAUCAUAAUCUUGGGGCCACUUGAUAACAUAGUAAAUAUAGAAGCUAUUAUUUUCACACAACUAAUGACGAAAUUAUACAAAGUAAUUUUGUCCGUAAACACGAAUAAAUAAAAUCUAUAUUAGCGCGUAAAUUAUGAAAUAUCAUGUAAUUACUUGUGUGAUUGAGGUUUCGGUAUAAUUUCUCAUUCACAUAUCAGUGUUUGUAAUUAGAAUGUUGUUGUACGUCGUGUCGUGUGGAUGGCGCCAAGCUUAGAGCGUUUCAAUCGUCGAUCUUGAGCUUUAUUACUAUAACAGUAUAGAUCAUUCAUCUUUCUGCUAAAUUUUAAUAAUUUUUUUCUAUAAUCUGUGAGACAAUUAUCUAUUUUCUUUAAUUAGUAAUUAAAUCGAGUGAAAUUGAAUCUCUAUUCAAAUAUGUAAUUGUUAUUUAUUUUUAUUGUUAGUUAAACAUAUUUUAUUACAUGACAUUAAUUUUUUUAAACAUUUUGACGUUUAAUUCGCGAAUACGGCUGUACUGUGGCUGUCAUUAAGUUUUCAUUGUCUAUGGUAUUAUUUAAGUUUGUUUGUUGUUUAUGCAUUUAAAUAAUUAUCACACACAUGUUUUGGUGUGGCUAUGAACGGUAAAAAUGUUUUUAGGUGAUGCCUGUGAUUGGAUUUUGUGUGUACGAGUGUGUAAACGUACUUUCCUUAAAAUUGCGGUUUUAUUAGACGAUAUACCUACCUUACAACGUUGUACCAUUUUGUUAAAAGUAUUGUAUGAGUUUGUAUUACACAAAUAAUUUUAUAUUUUUCAUGUUUUCAUUCCAUCGUCUGAUCACACCGCAAAGAAGCUAUUAGAUGUUAAGAAUCGUGUAUUAAAAUAGCCUUACUAACUUUAUUUAUAAUAAAUAAAAUUAAACUA